AUGAGGAUGGCCCUGCGUAUCUUUGCGGACGUAGAGACUGCGUCGAAGUGUGCGGUCUUGUUUCCAAAGAAUGUAUCCGCCUGUCAAGUGGUAGCGGAGGAGGCAAAGCUCAGAGCGAUGGAGAAAUUGAAUGCAAUCUACUCCUUUGAAGGAAAUCGUACAUUCGACAACACUGCUGUGGCUGCUGAUAUUGCGGCCGCAGAGUUUGAUGUUUCUUUAAGUCUGCUUUCCGUGAUUAUGAGUGUUUCGACGGUUAAAGAGAUACGCGAAGAGGCCAACAAACAAAUUGUUGAACUUAAGUCGUUUGAAAUCGAUAACUUUCAAUCCAAUAAGCGUCUUUUUGAGGCUUUGAAGGAAGUUUCCCAGAGCUCUCAAUAUAAGGAGAAAUACUUGGAGGGUAACAAAGAUAAAGAGUAUUCUUAUUGGCUUGAUGAAGAACUAAGAAAUUUCAGACGAAAAGGAAUGGAGUUGCCCGACAACAAAUUUCAGGAAGUUGUGGCAUUAGAAAAAGAACUAUCUGCCUUAUGUACCACGUUUUCUAGGAAUAUUAGCGAGGAUCAGAGUGAGAUUUUGGCUUCAGCGGAAGAACUAAAGGGGGUACCAGUAUCCAUCAUUGACGGACUCAAAAAGGCAGAUGAUGGUCGAUUUAUAUUGAAAAUGGAUUACCCAACCUUUUUUGGCGUGAUGAAAAACUGUGAAGUGGCAGCUACCCGUCAAUCUAUGGCUCGGGCCGCAAGUAACAAAGCAUAUCCCGUUAACGAGCGGGUUCUGAAAGAAAUCAUUGCCAAAAGACAGGCCCUAGCAGAGCUUCUUGGCUUUUCGUCUUACAGUCAUCUUAAUUUAAGUGAUAAGAUGGCAAAAUCUCCUGAUGUUGCAAAGGCAUUUGUCGAUGAACUUAUUCCUCGUCUUCAGCAGAAAUGGAAGCAUGAAUUGGAGUUGAUAAAAAAAAACUUACAUGAAAGCUGCAUUUUAACAGAGGAUGGACGUUUACGAGAAUUUGAUGUGGCAUUUAUGAUGAAUCAAAUCAAAAAGAUUCAUCUUAACGUCAGCGAGACCGAAAUCCAAGAAUAUUUUCCCCUUGAUGUUACUGUCAAGGGGCUUUUUGAUAUUUAUCAGGCCUUUUUUGACAUUACUUUUACACGCAUUGACAAUGGUUUUGAGCUUUGGCAUGAAAGCGCCUUUACUCUUCAGGUUAAGGAUAACGCAACUGGAAAGACGUUGGGACACGUGAUUAUGGAUCUUUUUCCGCGUGAGGGAAAAUAUUCGCAUGCCUGCUGUCACUCAGUUGUCCCUCCCGUCCUUUUGCAUGGGUCUGAAGACGAAUUUUCGCCAGCCUUAGGCGUUGUAAUUGCGAAUUUCCCGGCGCCUUUAAAGGAUUGCCCUUCUCUGUUUCUUCACGAUGACGUGACGACAUUUUUCCACGAAUUUGGUCACGCCAUUCAUGGACUCAUGGGGCGUAGUCGAAUGGCUACUUUUGCUGGAACAAAUGUUAAAUGGGACUUUGUUGAAUUACCCUCUCAGAUGUUAGAGGAAUGGGUUUGGGAGCCUGAAAUUCUUCAAAAAAUAACAUCUCAUUACAAAACGCAUGAAUGUUUACCCAGUAACCUUGUGGAGGCAAAAGUUAAGUCCCGAAAUGCAUUUAUUGGUCGGGAUUCUUUAAGACAGUUGGAAUUUGCCACCUACUCCCUCGAAGUUUUUUCUGCCCCAUUUGCAGGCGGAAAGGAUCCCAAUAAAUUGGAUACCGCGGAACUAAUGAGGAGUAUUCGUUCAAGAAUCAGUCCUGACAUUAAAUGUGAGGAUGACACACACUUUGAAUGUGGUUUUGGACACCUUACUGGUUAUGGUGCGGGGUACUAUGGUUAUAUGUGGUCCAAGGUUUUUGCCCUUGAUGUGUACGAAUAUAUCAAGAGUCGUAACGGCCUUUUGGAUCCUGUUCUUGGGAACCACUACGUUUCUAACAUUAUUGGCAUUGGGGGCGGCCAAGAUCCCACUGCGAUGCUGAAAAAGUUUUUAGGCAGAGAGCCUAACAGCGAUGCUUUCUUGAAAACUAUUGGUGUCUAG